UGACAUCUUCAGCCCAACCCAAAUCAUUAAGGCCUAGUCUUGUCCAUUCAAAAUGUUAUUAGGGUUUUAGCGCUCUCCGUUCAAAGUGGAAGAUUAGAGUGGUGUGAGGGAGUGUUUCUUUGCGGCUUAGCUUUCAGUAACCAUGGGUAUCUCACGUGACUCUAUGCACAAAAGACGUGCCACUGGUGGGAAGAAGAAAGCUUGGAGAAAGAAGAGAAAGUACGAGCUCGGCCGUCAACCUGCUAAUACUAAAAUCUCAAGUAACAAGACCGUCAGACGAAUCCGUGUUCGUGGUGGCAAUGUUAAAUGGAGGGCACUGAGAUUAGAUACAGGAAACUAUUCAUGGGGUAGUGAGGCAACCACCCGUAAGACCCGUAUCCUUGAUGUCGUCUACAAUGCCUCGAACAAUGAACUUGUUCGCACACAGACUCUAGUCAAGAGUGCAAUUGUUCAGGUUGAUGCAGCACCCUUUAAACAGUGGUACCUUCAGCACUACGGUGUUGACAUUGGUAGGAAGAAGAAGGGGGCUGCUGCUAAGAAGGAAACUGCUGAGGAGGGAGAAGGUGCUGCUGCUGCUGAGGAAGCUAAGAAGAGCAACCAUGUACUACGAAAAAUUGAGAAGCGCCAGGCGGAUCGCAAACUUGAUUCUCACCUUGAAGAACAAUUUAGUUCUGGUAGACUCUUGGCCUGCAUCUCAUCUCGGCCCGGUCAGUGUGGCAGAGCUGAUGGGUAUAUCUUGGAGGGCAAAGAACUUGAGUUCUAUAUGAAGAAACUACAAAAGAAGAAGGGCAAGUCUGGAGCUGGUGGAGCUGCUUAAUUUGUACCUCUUCAAUUUUUGAGACUAAUUUAUGUGUUUUCUUUCUACCUGUUAAUCAACUUGGUUUGUGAGGAUAUUUUUCUAUAUGCAGUAUUCUUUAAUCUUGCCAUGAGUUGACAUUAA